AUGCACCGCCUACGAAUAUGCAUACCAUAUCUCGCACCCCAGGGUGAUACUCCGCAGAUGGAGAUCGCCGACCCGAUGAUCGCAAGAUCUAGCUCAAGAACCAGUCGGAGGGGAUGCAUGGGCGGAAAUGCCGCUGUCCUGCCGCAAGACGUGUUCAACCACGGUGCCAUUACCCGUCCGGUCGAAGCAGGUAUCGGAAAGCCACAUCGACGCCACCACUCAUCGAGCAUUGCUACCGUGCAACCGAUGUACUACUAG